AGUUUAUUGUGUGGUUAUUUGUACAUCAAAGGUCUUACGUCAGAACUAUCAGAACUUACUACUUAUUUUGAAGGAGAGAUUAUUGGACCAAAAUAUUCUUUCCUUACUCGCAAAUGGCAUGCAGUUCAAGACAUUGACCGCCAACACUGGGAACUAUUCGAGCCAUUCAAGCCAUUAAUUGACUGCUUUAACAAGGAAGACUUUGUGUAUGAUCCUAUUGAUAACGAUAUGGUCUACAUGCGAUGGAAAGAAAGAUUUCUGGUACCAAACCAUCACAUCAAUAAUAUCGAUGGAGCAAGUUUUGCUGGUUUUUAUUACAUUGCUUACCAACGUUCCACUGACAAGAUCACCGGAUUUUACUUUUAUCACUUAAACAUUGAACGGUAA